UUUUUUUUUUCUUUAGAGUUUAGAUUUUUCUUAGUAGCACGUGGAAAGAUGAUUUUGUCAGGUAUAAAACCACAGUAAUCUAUUUGUCACCUUUUUUUUUCCCCACAAUUUUUUUUUCUUACUCAUUUUUUUUUCUAUCACAACGAUAUUAACAAUAUGAUAGAAACCAUCUCAACAACAACAACAGUAAAAGAUCCAUUUCGUUUCCAUGUAUCAGCAGCAUUUGAUUUAAAUCAAGACCAAUGGGAAACACUUAUUGCACUGAUGGAUACUUUUAUUGGCGCUUUGGACGAUGAAGAAGCUGAACAACUAGCAGACCGAUACUCUCAAACUGGAUUGGAUCGUGAAAGCAUUAUCAAGUUUGCCAAACUCAAGUCGUCAGAUCUCGAGAAUUACAAGUCUGUGGUAUUAGGUUUUUUGAACCGUGCAGCUGCUCCUGAAAAAAGAAGUGAACUUCAACUGAUUCUGUCUGUACUCUCCACUCGUGCUGGCACGUUUGCUCUGACUGGUCAUUUUGCUCCUUUUUCACAAUUGUCUUUAAAGGAUCGUGAAGCGGCUGUGAAUGGUUGGCGACAUUCCUUUAUUCCUCAACUUCGUCUAUUAUUCAAAUCCUUCUCUGGUGUAUGUCUGAACCCAGUGUUUGUCAAUAAGGAAAAUCGUGUGCUUCAUCGUGCUAUGGGUUUUCCUGCUGAAGAUCCUGUGAGAAAUCAUCCUGAUUAUCAACCUGUCAAUCCUCUCCCUCGUUUACCCAUGUUGACCGAAUCUGAACUUUUGUCUGUGCCAUCUUGGGAUUGUAUUAUCAUUGGAAGUGGUGGUGGAGGUGGCGUAACUGCUGCUGAACUAGCUAAAACUGGAAAAUCAGUACUUGUCAUCGAAAAAGGAACUUACUAUCAUGAAUCUGAUCUCUCUUUGGUUGAAGGUGAUGCGAUGUCAAAUUUGUAUGAAGCUGGUGGUUUCUUUUCCUCUACUGAUGGUAAUGUCAAUAUUGCUGCUGGAAGUACUUUUGGAGGUGGAACUACGGUCAACUGGUCUGCAAGUUUGAAAUUACAGCAUUUUGUGCGAGAAGAAUGGGCAAAACAAGGAUUGACUCAUUUUAUAUCUCCAAAGUUCACCAGUGAUCUUGAACGUGUAUUUGAAAGAAUUGGGGCUUCUACCACAGGGGUAAAACACAAUAACAGUAAUCAACAUUUAGUGGAUGGAUGCAAAGCUCUUGGAUAUCAUAUCGCAGAUCUUCAUCAAAACACAGGUGGUCGAUCACAUAGUUGUGGCUUUUGUUUUGCUGGAUGUAAAGAUGGAAUCAAGAAUGGAACUUCAGCUACUUGGCUUCGUGAUGCUCAACAAUAUGGUGCCAAAUUUAUCGAUCGUACUAAAGUACUUCGCGUGUUGGUGGAAAAUAACAAGGCGGUUGGAGUGGAAGCUGUCAUUGGUCAUGAACAAGGUCAACGCAAGGUUAAGAUUUAUUCGGAUACUGUAGUCUGUGCUGCCGGCUCAUUGCAAACUCCUGGUGUCCUUCAACGUAGUGGAUUGAAAAAUAAACAUAUUGGUCGUCAUCUUCGUAUUCAUCCUUCUGCAAUCACUUAUGGGUAUUUUGAACAACCUGUGGAUACAUUCGAAGGCUCCAUCAUGACAGCAGUUAGCAACGUUGCGGAAAAUGUGGAUGGUGAAGGAUAUGGUGCCAAAUUGGAAGUUCCUGCAACACCUGCUGGUUCAUUUUCAUCUAUUAUUCUUUGGCGAGGCAUUCAUCACCACAAGGAAAAGAUGCUUCGAUAUCGUCAUUACUCACCUAUCUUGGUCCUAGCUCGUGAUAAGGAUACAGAAUCAUGUGUACGCUACGAUGAACAUGGCAAUCUAGCAGUGGAUUACAACUUAUCAAAUCAUGAUCGGCAAUCGAUUCUCGCUGGUAUUUUGCGCUCUCUGGAUGUAUUAGUGGCAGCUGGUGCACGUGAAGUAGAAACAGGCCAAUUUGCUAUCGAUCCCUUUGUCUUUGGUCCUCAUGAACAAAGUCGUGUGGAUAAUCCUCGUUAUAUUGCCUGGAGGAACAAUGUGGCCAAGGUCGGUCUUCCUCCAUUUGGUGCUGGAAUCUAUGCUGCUCAUCAAAUGGGUACCGCAAGAAUGGGUAUCUCCCCUAAUGUCUCUGCUACAAAACCUACUGGUGAAACUUGGGAAGUCAAACAACUUUAUGUAGCUGAUACCUCAUUAUUCCCUACCGCUACAGGCGUCAAUCCCAUGGUAACCGUAGAAGCCGUUGCUCUCCAUGUUGCUGAUUGUAUUGCCAAAAACGGGGCCGCUUCUGCCAAACUUUAGAGUUCAGAUUAUCUCCAACUAUGAUGGGUUAUUGUUGAUUUUUCUUUUCAUACUCUCUUUAUUAUUAUGAUUAUUAUUAUUAUUAUUUAUUAUUACUAUUGUAGUUUUAUGUAUCUAUCUAUCUAUAUAUUUUUUUUUAUUUAUCCUCCUUUCUUGUCACUUUUUUUAUGACUAUAUCCGCCCUUCUUGUUGACAAUCGUCUGGAAAAAUCUCUUCAAAUAAAAUUUUCUUUUUCAAAUCUGGGUGAAUACUAUCAAUGAAAACUGAUCUUAACAGAUGAAAUGAUGCGGAAGAUGUGGAUAAAAUGAUACGGUUGAACGAUAUAGACAAACAGCGUUGAGAUUAAUUUA